AUGACGGGGGAUCAAAGCCAGACCAAUGGAGCGCCAGCUUCCAAACCAGUCCUAUUUUUCGAUAUCGACAACUGUCUAUACCCUAGGAAAUCUCAAAUCCAGGACCUCAUGGCUGAGCUCAUUGAUAAGUUCUUCUCAAACCACCUCUCCCUCUCCUGGGACGAUGCUGUGAAGCUCCACAAGGAGUACUACACCAACUACGGCCUCGCCAUCGAAGGCUUGGUCCGCCACCACGAAAUUGACCCCCUGGAAUACAACUCCAAGGUCGACGACGCCCUGCCCCUGGAGGAUAUCCUGACGCCUGACCCAGAACUGCGCCAGCUGCUGCAGGACAUUGACCGUAGCAAGGUCUCUGUGCGCCUCCUCACCAACGCCUACAAGACGCAUGGCCAGCGCGUAGUGAAGCUCCUGGGCAUCGAGGACCAGUUCGAAGGUCUCACGUUCUGCGACUAUGCCGAGCAGCCGCUGACGUGCAAGCCUGCCAAGGCCAUGUACCUCAAGGCCAUGCAGCACGCAGGCGUUGAGAGGCCGGAGGACUGCUACUUUGUCGAUGACUCUUACCAGAACUGCAAGGCCGCGCAAGAAUAUGGCUGGACGGCAGCGCACCUGGUCGAAGAGGGCCUCUCCGUGCCGAGGACGCCGGCGUCGCAGUACCAGAUCCGUCACUUGCAAGAACUAAGGAACGUUUACCCCCAGUUCUUCAAGUCGGCCAGCUCCUAG